AUGCCCGGCGCUGAAGGUACACCCCAGACUCUCUACGACAAGGUCCUCCAGGCCCAUGUCGUAGAUGAGAAGCUGGAUGGCACAAUCUUGUUAUAUAUCGACAGGCAUCUCGUCCACGAGGUCACCUCACCUCAAGCUUUUGAGGGACUCAAGAAUGCUGGUCGCAAGGUCCGAAGACCCGACUGCACUCUGGCAACCACUGAUCAUAACAUCCCCACCUCAUCAAGAAAGUCCCUGAAAGACAUCGGGAGCUUCAUCAAAGAAGACGACUCCAGAACACAAUGUGUCACCCUCGAGGAGAAUGUUAAAGAGUUUGGCGUUACAUACUUUGGCCUGAGCGACAAGAGACAGGGUAUUGUCCAUGUCAUCGGCCCCGAGCAGGGUUUCACCCUCCCCGGCACCACCGUGGUGUGCGGUGACAGCCACACCUCGACCCACGGCGCCUUCGGAGCCCUUGCGUUCGGCAUCGGCACCAGUGAAGUCGAACACGUCCUGGCUACACAAUGCUUGAUCACCAAGCGAAGCAAGAACAUGAGGAUACAGGUCGAUGGCGAGCUGGCCCCUGGUGUCAGCUCCAAGGACGUCGUCCUCCACGCCAUUGGCAAAAUUGGAACUGCCGGCGGUACCGGAGCCGUCAUUGAGUUCUGCGGUUCCGUCAUCCGUAGCCUCAGUAUGGAGGCUCGCAUGUCCAUCUGCAAUAUGUCCAUUGAGGGUGGUGCGAGAGCCGGCAUGGUUGCUCCUGAUGAGAUUACCUUCGAGUAUCUCAAGGGAAGACCCUUGGCACCCAAGUACGACUCAGACGAGUGGCACAAGGCCACCACCUACUGGAAGAACCUUCAAUCCGAUCCCGGUGCUAAGUAUGAUAUCGAUGUGUUUAUCGACGCCAAGGACAUCAUCCCUACCAUUACUUGGGGCACUAGCCCGGAGGAUGUCGUUCCCAUCACAGGCUCUGUUCCCGACCCCGAGUCAUUCGCGGAUCCGGCCAAAAAGGCCGCUGCCAUCCGUAAGCUAGAAUAUAUGGGCCUGACCGCUGGCACACCGAUGCAAGACAUUGUCGUUGACAAGGUAUUCAUUGGCUCCUGCACAAACUCUAGAAUAGAGGAUCUGCGAGCUGCUGCCGCAGUCGUCAAGGGCAAGAAGAUUGCCGACAACAUUAAGCGAGCUAUGAUUGUUCCUGGUUCUGGUCUCGUCAAAGAUCAAGCCGAGGAGGAAGGCCUGGACAAGAUCUUCCAGGAAGCCGGAUUCGAGUGGCGUGAGGCCGGCUGCAGUAUGUGCCUUGGCAUGAACCCUGAUAUUCUCUCCCCUCGCGAGCGAUGCGCCAGUACUAGCAACCGUAACUUCGAGGGUCGUCAAGGCGCCCUUGGUCGGACUCACCUGAUGUCUCCUGUCAUGGCGGCUGCGGCUGCGAUUGUUGGUAAGCUGGCCGAUGUCAGGAAACUCUCAGAAUACACGGCCAGCCCACAUAUCGCAGCUUAUAAGCUGAACUCUGUCAAGCCUUACGUUGAUGAGAGGAUCUCGGAAGACGAGACCGAGAGGGAACACAUUGCAGACAUCCCUGAGGACAAUGCUCCCCAUACCAACACCCUGGCACCAGGACACGGCGCUGCCGCCGGCUUGCCGAAGUUCACUAUUCUCAAGGGCAUCACUGCACCAAUGGACAGGUCAAAUGUCGACACGGACGCUAUUAUUCCCAAGCAGUUCCUGAAGACCAUCAAGCGGACUGGCCUUGGCAAGGCUCUGUUCAACGACUGGAGGUACAACCCUGAUGGGUCCGAGAAUCCCGACUUUGUGCUCAACCAGGAGCCUUACCGCAGGGCAAACAUCCUCGUCUGCACGGGGCCCAACUUCGGAUGCGGCAGUUCCCGAGAGCACGCGCCCUGGGCCCUGAACGACUUCGGCAUCAGGAGCGUCAUCGCCCCGUCUUUUGCCGACAUCUUCUUCAACAACUCGUUUAAGAACGGCAUGCUGAUGAUCCCCAUCAAGAACCAGGCCGACAUUGAGACCAUCGCCAACGAGGGCCGCGCCGGCAAGGAGGUCGAAAUCGACCUGCCCAACCAGCUGAUCAAGGACGAGGCCGGCAACACGAUCUGCAGCUUCGACGUCGAGGAGUUCCGCAAGCACUGCCUGAUCAACGGCCUGGACGAUAUUGGCCUGACCAUGCAGCUCGAGGACAAGAUUUCCGAGUUCGAGAAGAAGAUGACUGAGGAGACGCCGUGGCUCGAUGGCAAGGCGUACCUGAAGAGGAAAGGCCAGGGCGGCAAGCUUCAGGCCAAGGCGGUGCCCGUGCCGAAGACGAAUAGGGGUGAGGAGAAGAAGGAGCCCCUUGAGUGGUAG